UAAUCAAGAAAUUCUUAUGGUAGGCGAAUCUAAGGUAAACAAUGGAGGAAUUUUAUGGAAUUUGAACUCGAUGCGAAUAAUUUUGGAUAUUUUAUGAUGAAUACAAAACUGAAGGCUAGAGUGAUCAGUUCAGUAGGUCGCCCUGUAGGUGUUUUACCUCUAGAUCCUAGGCCAAAACAACAGAGACGAAUCCCAAGCAAACUAACUGAUCCAUCUGAUCUGUCAUUAAAUCUUACUGAACUCCGAUCUGGAAAGGACAGUCAAUCAAACAGUGCUUCAAGGUCAGCAGGGUCAAAGAGGUCAUCACAUUCAACAAGGUCAAGGUCAGGAAGUGGAAGUCGAUCUAAACCUAAUCGAGCGAAAUCAAACUCGUCCAUUGGCAAGAGAUGUGGUAGUGAGGCUACUUACGGCACAGAUGAUGAAGAUCAGGGUCAAGAUGUCAAAUUCUAUGAUGUUCAGAGUUCAAGGUCACAACCUCCUACUGCCUUUGGAGAACCAAUGGCUAAAAAGACCAUAGAUCCCCUAGAAAUACUUGCUAUAAAUCAAGAAAGAGAAUAUAAUAAAGUUUAUGAAAUAAUUCGACAUGGUGAAGAUUUAACAUACAUCGAUAAUCUUCAACAGUUUGAAAGAUUAAAGAUUCUAGAUUUAUCCUGUAAUCACAUCGAACAAAUAUCAGGUUUAGAAAAUAAUACAGAUUUAAGAGAGUUAAAACUGUAUGAUAAUAAAAUUAAAGUCAUAGAAAAUUUACAAUGUUUAAAAGAUCUUAGCUGCCUUCAAUUACAACAUAAUCGAAUCAAAACAAUAGGUAAAGGAUUGAAUCUUGUGAAGAAAUUAAAGACAUUAAGAUUAGACAGUAAUCAGAUAUUAAAACUAGAGUCAUCAGAUUUUAUUAGCUGUGUUCAACUUACCUCCCUUGAUCUUAGUUUUAACAUGCUCGAUAACCUCAGUGCAUUAAAUUACCUACCAAAUCUAGAAGAAGUGAACGCAAGUGGCAACAGAUUACGGAAAAUAUCAGAUUUAUCUCGCUGUCGUAAAUUAGUCGAAGUUGAUUUCUCCAACAACAGAUUAACAGAUUUAUCUGGAUUAAAUAAAUCCACAAAUCUACAGAUAUUAAAAUUAGGCAAUAAUCAGUUAACCAGUUUCUCUUCUAUCGCUAAAUUAAAGUCAGUAGAAGAAGUUGAUGUAUCUGGUAAUAGGUUGAGUGAGUUAUCUCCCUUGGCAUCUUUAUUUCCUAGUCUACAGAUAUUCAGUGUUUGUGAUAAUAGAAUAGUCAGUUGGCAGGAAGUCUUAUCUUUAUCAAAAGUCCCAGAGCUAGUAGAAUUAUUUAUAUCAGGAAAUCCAUUCGGUCUGGAAGAUGGUGAAAAACCACAUUAUUACACAGAAAUACAAAAACUUUUACCAAACUUAGAAAUUCUCGAUGGGGCCCACAUUAAAAGAUCUAACAGUAAGACUACAGCCCCUUUAAUGAGACCAAUGUCUGCUUCUACAGUUGUAAGUGUUCGACAGAUGGAUAAUCAACUGAAAGCUGUCAGUCAAGAAUUAUCAGAUUUAAAAAACAGCAUAUCACAAAGAUUUGAAUCGUUACGAACUACCUGUCAGAGUCUACCAGCAGAGCCUCCACCAUCCAGUGCACGAACAGUAUACGGACCAUCGCCAGCUCCAUCAGAUAAGGAACCAGAAAUUCGUUCUUGUAGCAGAAGAUUGAGAAUUCGUCAAGCUCAAGAGUUUGCAGCUUCGCAGCAGUUCACCUGAAGUCUAUAUUGUUUAUAGUUUUAAGACUUAUUGAUUGGGGAUGUUUAAAACUUUAAUAAACACCGUGAUCAGAAAGACACCUGUUUUAAGACUUAUUGAUUGGGGAUGUUUAAAACUUUAAUAAACACCGUGAUCAGAAAGACACCUGUUUUAAGACUUAUUGAUUGGGGAUGUUUAAAACUUUAAUAAACACCGUGAUCAGAAAGACACCUGUUUUAAGACUUAUUGAUUGGGGAUGUUUAAAACUUUAAUAAACACCGUGAUCAGAAAGACAUCUGUAGUCUUAACAUUAAAGUCAAUUGAUAGAAAUAUAUAUUUUUCUUGUGUUGAAAUAUUAACUAUGAACUGGGAUCACAAGAUGUAUUCUAAACCAAAACAUCGACCGAGUCUUGAAUAAUAAUACUCUCUAUUAUUUCAAAUCUCUGAUCGUCCUUUGAGAGAUUUUGAAUCCAUUACAAGUGAAAGUUGAAUCUGAAAGGGAUAUCAGUCUAGAAUUAGUUCAAAUACAUUCAAUAGUUUUAUUUUGUUUUCUUAAAGUUACA